GCCACCCGCCGGGCUCACUGGCCACGCAAACGACCAGCCUGGCUUCCCUGGAGGCCUGGCCACCCAGCACUGGCCCGGGAGCUUCCUGCCCGAGAGAUGACUGACGCCCCCGGGCUCCUGGGCCACCCCCUGGCGUGGACGCCGCCGGCCGGGCCUGCAGAGCCACAGAUGGAGCGUGCGGGAAAUGGCUCGCAGGGCGCCGGGCCCCUCUUCCUCACCUCGCCGCUGGCCCGCGGUGUCUCGGGCGUCUUCGUGUGGGCGGCCCUGGUGCUCACUGGCCACCAGAUCUACCUGCACCUGCGCUCCUACACGGUGCCCAACGAGCAGCGGUACAUCAUCCGCCUGCUGCUGGUCGUCCCCGUCUAUGCCUUCGACUCAUGGCUCAGCCUCCUCCUCCUGGGGGCCCAGCAGCACUACGUCUACUUAGACUCCGUGCGGGAUUGCUACGAAGCCUUUGUCAUCUACAGCUUCCUGAGCCUCUGCUUCCAGUACCUGGGGGGCGAGAGCGCCAUCAUGGCUGAGAUCCGGGGAAAGCCCAUCCGGGCCAGCUGCUUGCACAGCACCUGCUGCCUUCGGGGCAUGACCCACUCCAUCGGCUUUCUGCGCUUCUGCAAGCAGGCCACGCUGCAGUUCUGCAUUGUGAAGCCCAUCAUGGCCUUGGUCACCAUCGUCCUGCAGGCAUUCGGCAAAUACCACGACGGGGACUUCAACGUCCGCAGCGGCUACCUGUAUGUCACCCUCGUCUACAACGCCUCAGUCAGCCUGGCGCUCUACGCCCUGUUCCUCUUCUACUCUGGCACCAGCGAGCUGCUGCGACCUUUCGAGCCCGUCCUCAAGUUCCUCACCAUCAAGGCUGUCAUCUUCCUCUCUUUCUGGCAGGGGCUGCUGCUGGCCAUCCUGGAGAGGUGUGGGGUCAUCCCCGAGGUCCAGGUCAUCGACGGGAACACAGUGGGGGCCGGCACGGUGGCCGCCGGGUACCAGAACUUCAUCAUCUGCAUCGAGAUGCUCUUUGCUUCCAUCGCCCUGCGCUACGCCUUCACCUGCCAGGUGUACUCGGAGAAGAAAGAGCACUCUCCAGCCCCCUCAGCGCCCAUGCAGAGCAUCUCCAGUGGCCUCAAGGAGACCAUGAGCCCGCAGGACAUCGUGCAGGACGCCAUCCACAACUUCUCACCUGCCUACCAGCAGUACACGCAGCAGGCCACGCAGGAGGCCCCCCGGCCGGCCCAGGGCAGAGCGCCAUCGCCCCGCACGCCCCCCCACGGCCCGGCUGGCGGCCCCGGUGGGGGCAGGAAGGGCCGCAACGUGGAGAAGAGGAUGCUGAUACCCACGGAGGAGCUGUAGGGGGCCCGCGGUCAGUGGCCGCCCAGGAAGGACAGGGCGCCCCGCCCACUGACCAUCUUGCCAAAGGUCAGGCCUCUCCCGGGAGC